GUGGGAAAGCCGAGCGCUUCAAACGCAGGCGCUCCGGGCAAACGUACAUGUGCAGCUGACGCGCGUCUGGAUCUGGAGAAAACGCCUCUGAAGUGACUGUGGACUACUGUGGAGGGGUCAAGAUGAAGAGGAACCACGAUUUUAGCUCCUCGGACAGCGAGCUGGACGAAACCAUCGAAGUGGAGAAGGAGAGCGCGGAUGAAAAUGGGAAUAUGAGCUCUCCUCACGGGUCCAUGUCUCCAACAACAUCCACCCAGGUGCAGGCGAGGAAAAGGCGCAGAGGAAUUAUAGAGAAGCGGCGCCGUGACAGGAUAAAUAACAGCCUGAGCGAGCUGCGCAGGCUGGUCCCCAGCGCCUAUGAGAAGCAGGGUUCGGCCAAACUGGAGAAAGCAGAGAUUUUGCAAAUGACUGUUGAUCAUCUGAAAAUGCUCCACGCUGCUGGAGGCAAAGGGUACUUUGAUGCUCAUGCCCUGGCGAUGGAUUACCGUGGUUUGGGGUUCAGGGAGUGUUUGGCUGAGACAGCUCGCUACCUGAGCAUCAUCGAAGGUUUGGACAGCACUGACCCUCUGCGGAUGCGCCUGGUCUCCCACCUCAACAACUACGCCACUCAGCGGGAGGCUCACUCCGGUCUCAGUCACCUGGCCUGGGGUUCUGCCUUUGGCUCGCCUGCCGCCCACCUGACGCAUCCCCUCCUCCUCCAGCAGAAAGCUGGGUCUCCUCUGGCAUCUCUGACCCACAGCAGCAGCAGCAGCUCUCAGAACCCUCUGUCCUCCACAGCAGCUUCAUCCCCUUCCUCUUCCUCUACCUCACCUUCGUCGGUUGCAGAGACUCACCUCCCAGGCAGGCACAGCGGCAGGGUCACCCCGCACUCGGAUCCAAGCUCCAUCCGGGUCCCCUCCACCACUGCUGCUCCCAGCACCGUCCUGCACCCGGCUUUGGUUCCUUCGCCUGCCUCCAAGAUCUCCCCUCCGCUCCUGUCCGCUCUGUCAGCGUUCCCCUUUGCCUUCGGCGCCUGUCCCAUCAUCACGCCCACCAGCACCAUCAGCCCCCCAGCCCAGAGCUCCAGCGUGGGCAAACCCUACAGACCCUGGGGGAUGGAGAUAGGAGCCUUCUGACUGAAGUAAAAGCAUGAGCUGGACUCAAGAAUGUACUUUCAAUGUUUCUAAAGUGUUGGCAUCCCACAUGCAGUAGCUGUAGUUUCCCCUCUUUUUGAUGCACAGAGGAAAACAAUCGAGGAGUGAGACUGAGACCAACGAAAAAGUGAUUUAGUGAGUUGAUUGAUCUCCGCCGGUCCUGCCCACCCCUUUAGAAGUUUCACCCGACCCGAUCAGAGAUGCUUUUUCCAGAUGGCCAAGCAAGCAAGUUCCGGGGUGAAACACCCCUCCACCCCCUCAAAGGCCUUUGUCUCCACGAGCUCCAACAGCAAGUGUUGGUGCCCUGAUUAGAGGACGGAGGGAGGGGGCGAGCUCGGCCCCUUUUACAGCAUUUUAUGAGGUGGAAUAACUGAAACCAGGUGCUUGUUUGACCAAAUACUGGGAACAGAAGCUUGGCUGAAUUAAACACUUGCUGCUUUAUAAUUUCUCAAAUUCCGUUUUUCCCAAAUCGUCUGUUUUUUAAAAAUCUAUAAUUGAUGUUAGAAUUAAAGGUUUUUUAUGCUCAGCAACAAAAUCAAUUUAUUUUUCAACUUUGACCCCAGUGCACACACAUGAAUCUUUUCAAAGUGGCUGUUCAUACAAUUUCCCUGCAAUAAAAGAGUUUCAAUGAUA